AUGCAAGUGAAGAAGAAGAUGACUGAGGAGGACUUCAUCAAGAACAACAGGAACAUAAAUGGGGGCAGUGAUCUCCCACGUGAGAUGUUGUCUGAGCUAUACCACUCAAUCUGCCGAAAUGAGAUUAAGACAACACCUGAGCAGGGUUUGGGAUAUUUUGAAAUGUCUCCUAGUCGUUGGAUAGACCUAAUGCGGAAGUCAAAGUCUACGUCCCCAUAUAUUGUUGGUGACUCUCAGCCUUUCCUCGACCAUGAUAUGUUUGCUGUUAUGUCUGGCCCUACUAUUGCUGCCAUUGCGGUGGUAUUUGAUCAUUCAGAGCAUGAAGUUCUCUUGACUUGUGUAGAUGGCUUUUUGGGUGUUGCAAAGAUCUCUGCAUUUCAUCAUCUUGAGGAUGUUCUGGACGAUCUUGUUGUUUCUCUAUGCAAAUUCACCACUCUCUUGAAUACUUCUUUGGUUGAGGAGCCAGUUACUGCCUUUGGAGAUGAUCUUAAAGCUAGGUUGGCAGCUGAGACAUUGUUUACUAUAGCUAACAGAUAUGGGGAUUACUUACGCACUGGAUGGAGGAAUGUAUUGGAUUGCAUCCUGAGGCUGCAUAAACUAGGGCUUCUCCCUGCCCGUGUUGCUAGUGAUGCAGCUGAUGAUUCUGAGCUUUCUGCUGAAGCAGUCCAAGGAAAGGCUGCUCCUAGCGCAGUUCCCCCAUCUCAUAUUCCAAUGAUGGGUACACCUCGCAAAUCCUCUGGGCUUAUGGGAAGAUUUAGUCAGCUGCUCUCUCUUGACUGUGAAGAACCAAGAUCACAACCAACGGAGCAGCAACUUGCCGCUCACCAGAGGACUCUUCAGACAAUUCAGAAAUGCCGCAUCGAUAGUAUAUUUACAGAGAGCAAAUUCUUGCAGCCUGAUUCACUAUUGCAACUUGCCAGGGCUCUGAUUUGGGCUGCAGGCCGACCUCAAAAGGUUGCCAGUUCGCCAGAUGAUGAGGAUACAGCAGUUUUCUGCUUGGAACUGCUGAUUGCCAUAACCCUUAAUAAUCGAGACCGAAUUGUGCUCCUCUGGCAAGGUGUAUACGAGCAUAUUGCCAACAUAGUUCAGUCCACAGUUAUGCCGUGUGCUCUUGUGGAGAAAGCUAUUUUUGGACUCCUGAGGAUAUGCAAGAGUUUACUACCAUACAAGGAGAAUCUUGCUGAUGAAUUACUGAGGUCAUUGCAAUUAAUUCUCAAGCUCGAUGCACGCGUAGCAGAUGCAUACUGUGAGAACAUCACACAGGAGGUUGCACGGCUCGUCAAAGCAAAUGCGGCACAUAUAAAGUCACAGAUGGGCUGGAGAACAGUAAUAUUGCUGCUCUCCAUUACAGCUCGCCAUCCGGAUGCUUCCGAAGUUGGUUUUGAGGCUAUCGUGUUUAUCAUGACAGAGGGGGCUCACCUUUCUCUAGCGAAUUAUGGCUUCUGCAUCGAAGCGUCACGGCAGUUUGCGGAGUCUAGAGUUGGUUUAGCUGAUAGGUCUGUCUGUGCCCUGGACUUGAUGUCUGACUCUGUCAGAAGUCUUGCCUUGUGGUCCCAAGAGAUAAAAGCAACAUGUGAAGAAGGGGAGAAAGGGCUGGAGGCGAUAAGGGAGAUGUGGCUCAAACUGCUGCAAGCACUGAAAAAAUUGAGCCUGGAUCAGAGAGAGGAGGUGCGAAAUCAUGCGUUGGCUUCUCUCCAACGAUGCCUAACAGCAACAGAAGAAAUCUGCCUCCAGUCUGCGACAUGGUCUCAUGCCUUUGACCUUGUCAUAUUUUCCUUGCUUGAUGACUUGCUGGAAAUCAGUCAGAAUCACUCCCAGAAGGACUACAGAAACAUGGAAGGGUCCCUUGUGCUUGCCAUGAAACUAGUUGCAAAAGUAUACCUUCAACUCUUGCCGGACCUUUUUGGCCUAAGCAGUUUCUGCAAACUGUGGCUGGGAGUCCUGAGCCGGAUGGAGAAGUAUAUCAAGAUCAAGGUCCGAGGCAAGCGGAGUGACAAGCUGCAAGAGGUGAUCCCGGACCUGCUCAAGAACAUUCUACUCGUGAUGAAGAACAAGGGCAUCCUUGCGAAGAGGAGCACGAUUGGGGGUGACAGCUUGUGGGAGCUGACGUGGCUUCAUGCGAACAACAUCUCAACUAGUUUGCUGGCUGAUGUUUUUCCAAGUCAGGAGUAUGAGCAACAGAGCAGUGCCGGUAGCCCAAGAGGGCCCAGUCCUGUAGAGGCGUAG